AGAGACGUCAGUCGUUUACUGGACUCGGCCGAGUGAACUUGUCCAGUCCUUCUUGAUUGCAGGUGUUGUUUGUGACAGUUUGUUAUUUGCAGUCACAUGCUAGCGUGGUUUGUGAUUUAUUUGCUAAACUGAGUGUUGUUUACUGUUGGACUAACCUAGAUUUCGACGUCAGCAUUUUGAGCAGUGUAACCUGGAGUGUGGUUUCAGGAUAACUAUCCAACAGAGCAAUUGUGAUGCAAUAUCCAGGAAUCUUCAAUAUCAUAGAUAUUACUCGUUGCGGAACAUAGAACAACAAUAAGACGUGAAUAUGGAUUCGAGGCUCCAAGCCGGUUAUUCGACGACCUGGCAAACGGUGGAGCCAGGAUUCAACCGACAUCAGAAAAUAAGCCUCCUACUUUAGCUCAAACUGGUCUUACGAUGAGGCGCUAUCAGAUCGCUAGUAGAGUGCCUGAAAGCAACAGCAGAUUCAUAGCCGUCUGCUGUUGCGCGGAAAUGCGCGGAGGUCGACGACGCACGGCAUCAUGUCUGCGCACGGCUGUGUUCCUGUUUGUGGUGACAUUCGUGUGGCUGCAGCUGCACCUCACCAACCUGGGCGGCGGAGGGGGGCAGGGGGGCACUCUCAAGGACACCACCAACGACAACGACUCCUCCGCCGCCAUUCUCAGCAUGGUGCCACAGGUGCUGCACAAAUUUCUGACCAGUAAGCCGCGAAACACAACUCAUAGCCUGAAUGGCUCGAACAUGAGUGUGGACGCCCAUCGCCUGACCAUUGAUGAGAUCCGCCACAACAUCGAAAAAUACAAUCAAAUGCAGACUGUGCACAAUGAGGACUUGUUCGGACCACUGCUUAACGAUUCACUUAUCAUUGUUAUACAGGUGCACACACGGCUGAUCUACCUGAGGCACCUGAUUGUCAGCCUGGCGCAGGCUCAAGAGAUCGACUCCACUCUGCUAGUCUUUAGUCACGAUUACUACAAUGAGGAGAUCAACGAAGUUGUACAAAGUAUAGAUUUCGCCAAAGUCAUGCAGAUAUUCUAUCCGUAUUCUAUUCAAACACAUCCCAACACUUUUCCAGGGGAGAGUCCCGAUGACUGUCCUCGUGAUAUCAACUAUGAACAGGCAGUGCUACGUAAGUGCACCAAUGCGCUACAUCCAGAUCUCUACGGCCAUUACAGAGAAGCAAAGUUCACGCAGACCAAACACCAUUGGUGGUGGAAAGCUAAUAGAGUUUUCAACCAACUAGAAGUAACCAGAUAUCAUACAGGUAUGGUGCUUUUUGUAGAAGAGGACCACUAUGUUGCUGAGGAUUUCAUUCACAUUCUAAAGCUGAUGGAGAAAACUUCAAAAGCAAGCUGUCCAGCGUGUAAUAUACUUUCUUUGGGUACUUACCUGAAAACUUACGACUACUACAGUGAGAGUAAAAAGAAGGAGGCAUUGCGCGCCAUGAAGCGACACCAGUCCCUCACGGCGGCCGCCAUCCCCCCCUCCUGGGGCUUCCAGAUUCUGCCUUCGCUCUAUCAGCACUACCAAAAGGCUGAGGUGACGCCAUGGAUCAGCAGCAAGCACAACAUGGGCAUGGCGUUGAACAGGUCAACGUGGCAGGAGCUGCGCAAAUGCGGUCGACUGCUUUGCACCUACGAUGACUACAACUGGGACUGGAGUCUGCAGCAUGUGUCACAGGCAUGUCUGCCACACAAGCUCACCGCCGUUGUCAUGCGAGUGCCGCGUAUCUUUCACAUCGGCGAGUGCGGCGUGCACCACAAAAAGGCCAACUGCCAGAGCACCGGUGUGAUCUCAAAAGUGCAGAAAGUGCUGGCGAACGCGGCGCACCACCUGUACCCCUCCCACCUCACGCUCACCUUCACCACGGGCGCCAAGAAGCACAAACUGCGCAAGGGCAACGGCGGGUGGGGCGAUGUGCGUGACCACGAGCUCUGCAUGAACAUGACGCAGGUCGACAGAUAGUGUCGGUUUGUGCCUGUCUGGAACGGUUCGUUCAACAACUAUUAUUGAGUGGUGAGCCUGUGUUGCAGCAACAAAAUACUAUGUUACACAACUGUUAAACCUGUGUUCCAGAAACAAAAUACUAUGUUACAUAACUUUAAAACCUGUGUUGCAGCAGCAUAAUGCCAUGUUACACAACUUUGAAACCUGUGUUGCAGCAGCAUAAUACUAUGUUACACAACUGUUAAACCUGUGUUGCAGAAACAUAAUAUUACGCUACACAACUUUAAAACCUGUGUUGCACCAGCAUAAUACUAUGUUACACAACUGUUAAACCUGUGUUGCAGAAACAUAAUAAUACUGUACACUACACAACUUUAAAACCUGUGUUGCACCAAAAUGUUAGGCUACUGAUGGUAGCCAACAGAAAGUAACUAACUAUGAGAAACGGGUAACCUACUAAACGUGGUUAAUUUUAUAACAAUGAACGUAAUCUGUAUGCUCAAAUUUGUUUCAAUUUGGUGAGUUCUAUUGAAUUGAUUCAUAAUUAUUGGUUAACCUGUUUUGCAGGAAUAUAUCAAGCUACACAACUUUCACUGAUGAUGAAACAGAAAUUAAUCUAUGAGAAACGUGUAGCCUAUUAAAAAAGGUUACUUUUAUAUCAUUGAAAGUAAUCUAUAUCUCCACUUUGUUUCAAUUUGGUGAGUUCUGUCGCGUGAUAUACUAAACAACCACUAUUGAAUUGGUUGGUAAUGAUUGCAUAACCUCUGUUGCAGGAAGAUAUUAUGUUACAUAACUUUUACUGAUAAUUGAAUAGACUUAAAAUGUUGUCAAAAAUCCACUUUAAUUAGAUGAAAAUUAAUAUUUUACAGCUGAUGAUGUGUGAGCACACACAAAAGCAUGCUCCUGUAAAAUAUUAAUUGUCAUUUAAUUGAAGUGGAUUUUUGACAGCAUUUUAAGUCUAUUUAAUUAUGGAAAAGUUCCACAACAUCAACAUUUUACUUAUAAUAGCCGACAGAAAGUAUCCUAUGAGAAACGGGUAUCCUACUAAAAAUUGUUCAUUCUGUAACAUUUAAAGUAGUCCAAGUUAAAAUUUGUACAUAGCUCUGGAAAGCUUAGGAAAAAUUCCUUAACUGUGGCCACUAUACUGGGAUUUUAUCUGUUUGUUUCAAUAUCGUGAGUACAUGGGAAUAUUAUACUAAACAACCACUGUUCAAUUGAUUGGUAGGUAAUCCAAGUUAAAAUGUGUAAAAAGCUCUGGAAAACUUGGGAAAAAUUCCUAAACUAUGAGUGGCCACUAAUGGUGAUUUUAUCUGUUUGUUUCAAUAUCGUGAGUUCAUGGAAACAUUAUACUAAACAACCACUGUUCAAUUGAUUGGUAGUUAAUGGUUGGAUAGCAUGUGUUGCAGGAACAUAUAAACCUGUUAAACUACACAACUUUUACCGAUAGCCAACAAAAGGUACUGGCAAUUCCGAUUCAUCUUUUUGACACUUGAUAAUGUCGAAACAUGUCGUGUCAAAUAAACAAAGGGUAGCCUUCUUAAGUGUUUCAACUUUCUGUUUAUAUGAUAGAAAAUAAUAAUCCAUAUAAUAUGUUUAUCUCAGCUUUGUUUCAAUGUGGGGAGUUAAUAUAAAUAUUACACUCUAAACAAACUACUUUUGAUGGACGACUACAACAAUGAUUGGUAUUAGUUGGAAAGAUUUAUUUCAGUCAUGUCUUGAAACAAACAUUGUUAAUAGAUAAUGGUUGGUUGUUUCCAAGGUGAAUAACCUUUGGUUCCAAGGUGAAUAACCUUUGUUUCCAAGGUGAAGAACCUUUGUUUCCAAGGUGAAGAACCUUUGUUUCCAAGGUGAACAAUUUUGCAAAGUGCAAACAUUACUUGUAUUGAAUAAAACUAUGAUUGAAAGGAAACAAAAAUCAAUAUAGCUGUCAUAUACUAGCCUUGUUAUCAUAAGUGGAGAGUUUACAGAAGUGUAUGAAACACCAAGGGUGUGUACAAACAGGGAGUGGUCACGUAGUCGAGUUCCAGCGGUCUUGAAAGGAUAUAGAUAUAUAUUUAUAUAUGAUUUGUGCUUGUAUUCGAAUGAAAUAAAUAUGGAUAAUCUUAGCACUUUUGAAAUAUGAAUAUCCAUAUCUUUAUCCUCCUAAUACUAUACAGCUCUGAUCGCUGACCACUCUCUGAGUACACAUACCCUGAGCUAAACAGAUGUUAUAUUGCUGCACAAAACUAAUGUUAUCUGCAUUGUCGAUACAACGAUCUAGUUCUGCUGCCACAGCUUCGUUUCAAUGUGGAACGUUCACAGAAACAUCACGCUAAAUAACUAAUGUUGAUAGACAAAUACCGAAAAAUCUAAACAACCAGAUUUUAUAGAUUAAAUGAAGAGGAUGUACGGUUUUCAGCAUGAUUGUAAGCCUGCAUACGUUUGACACUCUUAAAUUGAUAUGCGGUGUUCUAAAAUCACAAUACUGUUUUAUACAGUCAUUUAAAAGUUUAAUGAAUUAUUUGAAAACUUGCUAAUCUAGUACCAUAUCUUUCUUAAUUUAUUAUGUUAGUUGAGUCUCAGCAAAUAGUUUCAAUUUUAUUUAAAAAUGCUACCUAUUUAAUUGUUAUUUAAUAUUAAAAUAAACUUGUUUUGCUAAGCUUCAAUACAUGCUGCAAACCACCCAUCCAACUACAUUCCAUUUUUCACGAUAAACUCAAUGAUUAGGUAAAACCUGUAUUUAGAUUAGAAAGAUUAUUUAUUGAAUGAAGUAUGUAUAGAAUGUGUGCUUAACAGGCGCAAAAUUUCAUAUUAUAAAGUGUGUAAUAUAGAAAAUAUAUUACGUAAUAAUAAAUUAUGAACUCGGUAAACCAUAUAAAUAUUUAUCUAAUAUGUCUAUUUUAUGCAUAAUAUGUAUUAUGAAUAUUUCUGCCGAAUUAAGUGAGAAAAUGAAUUAAAAUCGGAAUUAAAUGAAUAGAAUGCUAAAAAUAUUAGCUCAACACUUCAUCGAUAACUCAUAUUAUGUUUUUUUUUUCAUAAAUACCGUCCAUUUGAAAAAUUAUUCCAUCAAAUAUUAAGGGUACCACAUUUCAUAGUUUUCAUUUUUCCUACGCAGUUUUCCAUUUUAAUCUUCAUUGUAUAGCAUUUAUUUCUUGAGAUGUAUUUACCUGUACCUUGAAGAUUUUGCAUUUGGUGUAAAUUGCGUAUUAUUUGUUUUAGAAAGGACAUUCUAUUUAUAAUAUUCCUAUUUUUCAUUUCUAAAAAAUAAUAUUAGAAACAUUAAAUAAUGUUAAAAUUUGUUCCUUGAGAUCAACUAUCUCAGUUCCAUGAAGAUGAAUUCGGUGUAUCAUUUUCCCCAGAUAGGAUAUUUUAGGAUAUCCUUAUCUCUCAUUUCAGACAAAUAAUAUUGUACUUGCUUUACAUCUUAAUUCCCAAUCAUUUUCAAGAAUAGCUCAGUUUAAACGUCAGUGGCUCAUCAGCUAACUAGUAACUACCCUUAAGGUUCAUGUCACUUUGAACUAUCUCAAACAACUCAGUCUCUACAGAUAAUAAUAUGAGACCUAAUUGUAUCAGUAGGUACCUACCUAAAUGUAAUAUUUCGUCUGAAAGACCUACAUGUUAUCCAAGUUGCAAAAAAUUAUUCAACACUUAUUUAUUUCAAAACUAUAUGGUUUGCUAGUUGAUAGAAAUAAUUUAGAUUAUAAGAAAUUAUUGUUGUCCUAUUCCAUAUGAAUAUUGUAAUUAAUUCGAAAAUUGUUUGCUCUAAAUUUUAAUUGUUUAGUAACAAUUUUAGUUAAUUAUUGUAAAUCGUACUGAUUAUUUUGUGAUAUCAUGCUGAGAAAGUCGUUUUCUUACAAUGAUUCAUUGUAUUGAAAACCUUGGUGAUACCAAUAUAAGCAUAAUGCUCUAUUUAUGUUGAUCUCCUGGUGUAAAUUGGGAUUCUUAUAAACUAAGUCUAGUCAUACUGUUGAUAGUUGUUAUAUCAUUAAUAAUAUUCUUCAGCAUUUAAUUAUUAUGCUGUUAAUUUGUCAUUGAUCGCAAUAUUUUGUUACCAUUUGUGUAAGAAACAUAAUACUAUAGCUUAUGAAAAGAUAAUCUGAGCUUUUAGAUUUCAUGAAAUUUAAUUUACCAACUUCUCAUUCCUUUUUGUCAUAAUUAUUAUUAUUAGUUCAUCUCAUUGAAAACUUAAUAUUUCAAAACUUAUCUCCAAGAAAAUUUCUGAAUAGUUUUAAAAAGUUAUUUUGUCAAGUAGGCUACACUAGUUCGUUGAGACAUGUUGAAAGUGUGUUCAAAUAAUUUUCGUCCGUCAAGCGAUCAAAAGAAUUUUCUUUUCAAAAGACUUUUCGCUAAGGCUUUUUAAAGGCUAAAUUUUCUUUAAAGUUUGUCUGAAUACCAUGUACCAUUGAAAUAUCUACAACCUAUUCAGAAUUUUCAUUUUUAAGAUGAACUAGGAGAUUUUUCAUUACUUUCGAUGUACUAGAUUCCAUUCAUUUCUUACUGUAUGGAAUUUCUCUUUGUAAGCUUCAAUUUGGAAACCAAUUUAUAGUGAAUGAAAGCACAAUGUUACAGAAGUCUUCCGAAUCUCGAAUCAAUUCGAAUGAUGUACUUUUUCAUUAUUCAAUUCUCCUUUUCUGGUUAGAAUAAUAAUUAUUGCGUUCUAUGUUGUGUAUUAUUGAGUCAUAAUUUUCAGAGAAAAUAAAUGUGACUUAAUAUAAUAAAACUUUGUAAAAUAAUAAUAUUAUACAAAUUGGUGUUCACUCUAAAUAAAAUUAAAACCCAAUUAUCAUAAGUGUUGUAAAUCAGUAGUCAUUAUGAUUAAUUUUGUGUAUAGUAUUGUAAAUAAUAAGCUAAAUAUUUUGUUGAUAUGUAAUAAAGUAUUGUGAAUAUGAAUGUAUUUUCCAACUCUUCACAGCUCUGUGAAUCUUGUAUCAUAAUAAUUGUAAAGCUUGUAAAAAAUGUAUGCUGAACUUAAAACUACUGUAUAAUGUGUGGAAUUAAUAAUGAAAAUAAAAACAGUUGGGUGCAUUCCUUUCUUAAUAAUAACGUACAAACUUGUAGUGAAUCCUGUAUUAGACAUUAUUGAGGAUUUGGAAACAUUUUAAUCCAGUGUUUUUGGCUCAACAUUAUUAUUAUAUUCUUUAAAAUAAUAAAUUUUAAAUAAUUUUCUGCGAACUACUCAGAAACGUUCCGAUUGAAAUAAAAUAAGUAUAUUUUAUCUUCAAGAAAAGCUAAAAUGAGACAUUUGAGAAGCUUGAAAUUUGAUUUUGAUAGUGGCAAAAGAAGGAUUAUGAUAAAUAUUUCUAGACGAUCCAAAUAAAAUCAUUUUUAGUGUGCUAGACAAGUUUGCUUGACAGUUGAACACCCUUAUCGAUUGUGUUAUUGAGCUCAAAAAUUGUGUAACUACAAUGCUGUGUAAACACUGGAUAAAAUCAAUUAAAUAUGAAGAAAAGCAAUUGAACUGUGAUUGAUGAUAGAAAAUUGUGCGCUGAUUCCUACUGUAUCUUCUUUACAUGAAAAUUUUAGUUCAUUGCAAGAAUAUUUUUGUCUAAUUCAUAAAGAUGUUAAACCUUUGUUCUGACAUUUUAAAUGUAUUGAAAUAAGUGAGACUGUCUAUUUUACAAAUUAAUAAAGAAAAUGAGGGAGA